AUGAGGACGGCGCAGUUCAGUGUCUCGGACGAGAUGAUCGGGACAAGGUGGCCGUCUGUCACCCGAAACAGCAUACGACCGACGAGAAUGAUUCCUCGAUCCUGGGAGAUCUCAAGCCACAGGGCGGCGGAGGAACGAUGCACUAACGGAGGGGUCCUGAAGAUGCCGGAUCACACCACUGGUGGCAUUGCAGCAGACCCUGGGAACCCGGCUUCCGGCCCGCCAGGCGAGACCAUUGAGGACUUGCUGGACGAGGCUAUUUUCUCCACGCCUGAGCCGGGAAAUUUACUAGCGUCCGCGCUGGGCCAGUGGUAG